AAUGAGCGAAGGGCAAUACCCAUGUCGCCCCCCAAAUGGGGCCAAUCAGUAAACAAUCCAUCUCACCUUACGCUGUUAUCUUUUUCUUCUCUCUUUUCUCCACACACGCACACGCGCACCUUCCCUGAUUUCUCUCCUCCCUUCCAUAAAAUUAAAUUAAACUAAUUUUCAAUACAAUAAUAAUAAGCAGCAGCGGCAGCUGGAGGUGACUGGGGAGACCAGAGACGGGGUGUGGAGUACCUAUAAGAGCGUCAAGUCCCACUAAUCGUUCCUCCUUUACUAUCCCUCUCUCUUAUAUUUCUGCAACCUCUCCCAUGGACCCACCACCGCCCCCUCAACCGCCGCCUGCUUCUUCCCUUUCCACCACUACCACCACCUCUGCCACCCCCACCAACACCACCGCGGCAACCACCUUGCCCCCUCACCUAGCCGCUACCAAUACCUCCGCCGGAACCUACCCUGACUCCAUUGAUUCCUCUCCUCGCUCUCGCACGACUGAUUCUUAUUUUGAUGACCCCCCUCCCCUCUCCUCAAAGCUCCGCCUCAUGUGCUCUAACGGUGGCCACAUCGUCCCUCGCCCCCACGACAAGUCCUUGUGUUACGUUGGCGGCGACACCCGCAUCGUUGUUGUCGACCGUCACACUAGUCUCUCUUCUCUCUCCUCUCGUCUUUCAAAUACUCUGCUUGACGGCCGUCCUUUCACUCUCAAGUAUCAGCUCCCCAGCGAGGACUUGGAUUCCCUUAUUUCGGUCACUACCGAUGAGGAUUUGGACAACAUGAUCGAUGAGUAUGACCGGACUAAUAAUAACGCUGCCAAUUCUUCCAAACCAUCGAGGCUGCGUUUGUUUCUGUUCCCUUCGAAGCCGGAAUCAUCUCAGUCUAUUGGGCCGAUUUUGGAAAAUAGUGCCAAGUCCGAAGACUGGUUCUUGAAUGCGUUGAAUGGGGCUACUGGGUUGUUGGAUAGAGGGUUUUCUGAUUCAGCUUCUGUCAAUUGCUUGCUGGGUCUCGAUGACGAUGGCCUAAAUGGGAAUAAUAAUAAUCUCGAUUUAGUUGGUGGUGUUCGAGAUGUGGAGGGGUCGCAGAAGAACGCGAAGCAAGGUCAGGAUGUCCAUUCUGUGCCGGAUUCUCCGAUGUUGGAGACUACGUCGUCAUUUGGGUCUACUUCUUCUUCUCCUUCGCUUGCGAAUUUACCUCCGAUAAGAGUUCAUGUGGAGGAUGGAGGUGGUAGUGGAGGAGGUGGAGGGGUUAGAGGAGUUGUGCAGGAUCAGAAGGUGGCGGGUAUUGAGGAUCAGUUUUCUCAGAUUAAUGUGGGUGGUGGUAGUGGAGCUGUUGGGCAGAAGCAAGAUGAGGGUUUUGUGGUUCUGUCAUCGCCACCGCCGAUGCCAGUUUCUAUCGCUAUAACGGGUGUGCCCGUGGGCACUCCAGUGGUAGUCGGUGAGUAUCAGAAUCGGGUUUUCUCCGACGAUGAGAGAUCGGACCAUGGGGUUCCAGUUGGUUAUAGAAAGCCGCCGCCACCUCAAACACAGCAGAAGUCAAGUGGUGGUGGUAGUGGAGGAGCUGUUGAUUUACCUUCUCCAGAUUCAGUUUCAAGUGAUAGUAGCCUUAGCAAUCCUAUAAAUCGACAAAAACCCAUGAUUUAUCAAGAUCAGGUUGUGCAUAUCCCAUCUGGAGUCAGCAGGGUUCCUGCUAAUCCUGUUGAUCCAAAGCUCAAUGUCUCUGAUCCAAAUCCUGGUGUUCAGAUUCAACAACAGGUUCAGGAUUCUGGAUAUUUAUUUCAAGCCCUAUAUGAACAGCAGCAACAGCAACCACAACCACAACCACAGCAAUUCAUACCCGCUGGUGCUCAUUACAUUCAACAUCAUCCCACAGGGGCAGUGCCUAUUUCUGCAUAUUACCCUGUAUACCCUCCCCAGCAGCAACACCAUCGCCAGCAUCAUCACCAGCUUGAUCAGCAAUACCCAGUGUACUAUGUACCAGCAAGGCAAACCCAGGCUUAUAAUAUGCCUGUGCAGCAAUCUAGCAUCAAUGAGCCCACACCUACUGCCCCUUCCUCCCGCCCCCAAACACCUCCCAAUCCCACAAUGGGACCUCCUCCUGCAACUUAUAAUCCCAUGAGAAAUGCUCCCAUUUCUAAAUCUGAAAUGGCGACUGGAGGCAUGUAUAGAACAACUACUGGCACACAACAACUAGUUCAGGUCCCUUCUAGCCAGCAUCAACAGCAAUAUGUUGGCUACUCUCAAGUUCAUCACCCAUCUCAUUCUGUCGCUCCUCCUUCUGCCGGCCCUGCUAAUUAUGCGUAUGAGUUUGCUGACCCUUCUCAUGCUCAGAUAUACUAUACUCAGCCUCUUGCGCCCGCAAUGCCUUCUCAUUACCAAACUAUGACUGCAGCUGCUGCUGUAGUACUGCCGGAAAGUUCUGCUCAGCUUCCCACUGACAACAUCAAGCAGCAGGUUAGAACUUCACAGCCAUUUUAGGCCCAUUGGCAAAGGAGAAGAAGAAACAAUUUUGAAAAAAUGGUGUGGUUUACAUUUUCAAAUUUUAUGUUUAGCAUCUGUCUUUCUAUUGGUAUUGGUUUGUGGCUUUGUAUUUGUGGUAUAUAAUAAGGAACUCUGCUCAUCUUUACCCCUUCUUGUAUGUCAUACUGUUACUGUCAUAGGAAAUGAAAGUGGUCUUGGAUUAUACUGUAAAAGAUCAAACUUCAUAUAUUGUGUGCUGUGCAGUUCAUUAUCAGUUACUGAAUAAAUGUUUAUAUAAGUGGUUAGAGCUUUCAAUCAAA